GUUCUCCACGGUGUCCAGGUCCCCUACAUACAUACAUACAUUCUCUACUCCGCACUCUGCUGGUUUGGCAUGAAAAUCCCGAGACCGCCUCAGUGCAGUCUCAGCUCCACCUCUGGGGGGACAAAGUCUUGCGUAAAGGAAACUUAUGCUGUUACAAUAGAGGUUGAGACACCGGUUUGACAAUUUUCUUGUUUAGGUCAUGUGAGAUGCAAUGAGACAUACACCUCUCUCUCUCUCUCUCUCUCUCUCUCUCUUUUUUUUAGUUGGGUUUUUGUUUCCUUGCGUGUUGAAAUGCAGACGGCGAUAUGGCAUGUGUGCGCGGAGCACGGAAGGCCUGCCGGCUUGUGGAUACGGAUCUAGUUGUUGGUUAGCCAGUUUUACCCUUUGGACCUUGAGACCCGACUUUCCCUAAGAAGUCUGAAAUGGCUUAUUAUUCUCAUUUAUUUAUUUUAUUGUAUUUCAUUUCAUUUUAUUAGUUGUAUCAACUUUCAUACAGACCAGUAGAUGAGAAAUGUGCUAAGCUAGCUUGCGCCAAUCUGUGUUCGGAUCAUACACGUACCAUGUCGCUGUUGGCCCGGGUCUCUCUAGUCAAUGAAACUCUGGGGGGAGAAGAGAGACAUUAGACGCGAGGGAGGUGGAUCAUCGUCGACUCAUCGCAAUAAGGGUAACGAACUAAUGCAUUG